AUGUUACAUAGGAACCAGACUCGGACUCAGCCUUGGCUGGCCCCGGAAAAGAUGUUUAGCCGGGCCCCGUCAUGUCCCGUCACCGGGCCCCGUCAUGUCCCCCUCACCGGCCCCCGUUAUGUCCCGUCACAGCGCUCCCCUCAUGUCCCCUCACCGGGCCCCGUCAUAUCCCCUCACCGGCCCCCAUUAUGUCCCGUCACUGCGCCCCCGUCAUGUCCCCUCACCGGCCCCGUCAUGUCCCCUCACCGGCCCCCGUUAUGUCCCGUCACUGCGCCCCCGUCAUGUUCCGUCACCGGGCCCCGUCAUGUCCCGUCACCGCGUCCCCGUUACACCGCUUCUCCGCACCCCCUCACCACUAUACCCUUGCUAUAG